AUGAAAGUCUACUUAGUCGAAGUAGCUGUGCUUCUGGCAGUGACGUCCUUCAUUUUUUGUACAGGAGACACAGAGUCGUCUACAGCGUCCGGAGAGUCAGAAAGUACAGAGCCAAAGCAGCCAGUAUUCUGCAGUGCCUCGUCGGACGACCAGAAGAACAUUUUUGACUGCACUCAAAAGGAAAUAAACAACUCUACAGAGGCUCAAGAAGCACUUAAGAAUUAUACAAGCAUCCUUUGCGGCGAUUUCGGUACUUUUUUUACCAGCAUUUGUAAUAAUACUAAUAAACAUCUCAUUGAAAUGACGGAAGAGGAACAGAAAAGCUUGUUUGAUCUUGUACUAAAGUGCGAAACAAAGCAUGGUGUAACCCUGCCACCAACUUCUACUCCACCAGCUUGUUGAAGAUUGAAAGAUCCCUACUAAAUAAUGCCGGUAGGC